CCAGCGGUAGCUGGCCGGGUGGGCUCGCGCUGAGACGCUCGCGCGCGCACGCGCACACAACGCGGAGCGGAGCGCGAGACAUCGAGGAGGGGAGUAAGAAGCAUCUGAGGAGGCGACAGAGGAGGCGGUGUGUGUGUAUCUGCGUGUUCUACGGUGCGGCUACUCGAGGGGCGAGCGGAGGCUUGAAAGAGGGCGAGGGAGAAGCGAAAAGAGUCUCCCUCAGCGAGAGCCUCUAAUCUGGUUGCUAUGGAAAUAUAUGACCACAUAAAAGGAAGUCCAUCCUGAUAAUUCUGAUACCUGAGAUGCAACUGGACUGAAGAGUGGAACAGGAAAAAUUUUAGUGCCAACCUUAAUUACAAUGGCUACUGAUUCAGGGGAGCCAGCUAGCACAGAAGAUUCUGAGAAACCUGAUGGAGUUUCAUUGGAAAACAGAGUUCCUCAGGUUGCAGCAACUUUGACAGUGGAAGCUAGACUAAAGGAGAAAAGCAAUACCUUCUCUGCUUCUGGAGAAACUAUAGAAAAGAAAAGAUUCUUUCGAAAGAGUGUUGAGAUGACAGAAGAUGACAAAGUUUCUGAAUCUUCCUCUAAAGAUGAGAGAAUAAAGACUGCAACAAAUGUUCCAAGAGUAGAAAAGCUUCCUACAAAUGUGCUAAGAGGAGGACAAGAAGUUAAAUAUGAGCAAUAUUCAAAGGGAACGUCAGAAUCCUCAAAAGAUUAUUUCAAGGAGAAAAAUGAAAAGGAGAUGGAAGAAGAAGCAGAAAUGAAGGCUGUAGCUACUUCUCCUAGUGGCAGGUUCCUGAAAUUUGACAUAGAACUGGGAAGAGGAGCAUUUAAAACAGUAUAUAAAGGACUGGACACUGAAACAUGGGUUGAGGUUGCUUGGUGUGAGCUGCAGGACCGGAAAUUAACCAAAGCCGAGCAGCAAAGGUUCAAGGAAGAAGCAGAGAUGUUAAAGGGUCUCCAACAUCCCAAUAUAGUUCGAUUUUAUGAUUCCUGGGAGUCUAUAUUAAAAGGAAAGAAAUGUAUUGUAUUAGUGACAGAACUUAUGACAUCAGGAACCUUAAAGACGUACUUAAAACGGUUUAAAGUAAUGAAACCAAAGGUCUUAAGGAGCUGGUGCAGGCAGAUUUUAAAGGGGUUGCAGUUCUUGCACACUAGGACUCCUCCUAUUAUUCACCGGGAUCUGAAGUGUGACAAUAUUUUCAUCACGGGACCCACUGGAUCUGUGAAGAUUGGUGAUCUAGGACUAGCCACCUUAAUGCGUACAUCAUUUGCUAAAAGUGUCAUUGGUACUCCUGAGUUUAUGGCCCCAGAGAUGUAUGAAGAGCAUUAUGAUGAAUCUGUGGAUGUCUAUGCUUUUGGAAUGUGUAUGCUGGAAAUGGCUACUUCAGAGUACCCUUAUUCUGAAUGCCAGAAUGCAGCUCAAAUAUACCGUAAAGUAACUAGCGGUAUAAAACCAGCCAGUUUUGAUAAAGUCACUGAUCCUGAAGUGAAAGAAAUCAUCGAGGGAUGUAUUCGUCAAAACAAAUCUGAAAGGUUGUCUAUAAGGGACCUACUAAACCACGCAUUUUUUGCGGAGGAUACAGGACUAAGAGUGGAGUUGGCAGAGGAAGAUGAUUGCUCAAAUUCAUCCCUGGCUUUAAGACUCUGGGUCGAAGACCCUAAAAAAUUGAAAGGCAAACAUAAAGAUAAUGAAGCUAUUGAAUUCAGUUUCAAUUUAGAAACAGAUACACCUGAGGAAGUAGCAUAUGAAAUGGUCAAGUCAGGAUUCUUCCAUGAAAGUGAUUCCAAAGCUGUUGCUAAGUCCAUUAGAGACCGUGUGACCCUGAUAAAGAAGACAAGGGAGAAGAAGCCAGCUGGCUGUUUGGAAGAACGCAGGGAUUCCCAGUGCAAGUCUUUAGGGAAUGUACUUGCUCAGCCCCAAAAUACAUCUUUGCCCCCUCCUCCUGUUCAGCAUACUGGGGCGGAAUGUGAAGAAACUGAAGUUGAUCAACAUGUGCGACAACAGCUUCUACAAAGAAAACCACAGCAUCAUUGCUCCUCUGUUACAGGUGACAAUUUGUCUGAGGCAGGAGCAGGAUCAGCUUUACACUCAGAUACUUCAAAUCAGCCCACUGUAGCCUACUCCUCAGACCAAAUUAUGGGCUCUCAAAUGGUUUCUAACUUGCCGCAGACCGAAAUAAAUGUUCUGGAGAAAAUUUAUUCAUCCCAGCAACUAGUGGGACAUUACCAGCAGAUUUCAGGGCAGUUGCAGAAGCAGCCAAAGCUGACUCAGCCCCAGAUUUUGCCUUUGGUUCAAGGUCAGUCCACUGUUUUGCCUGUACAUGUCUUUGGACCUCCAGUUGUCUCACAACCCCAGGUUUUGCCUUUAAUUGUCUCAAAGGCCUCACAGAUAAAGCCUGUAUCCCAAGCAGUUGGAGCUGAACAACAAGCAGCUCUUCUAAAACCAGAUUUAGUUCGAAGUUUGAAUCAUGAUGUGGGACCUGUGAAGGAAAACACAAACAUCCCUGAUAACCCAAGUGGAAAUGGCAAACAAGAUCGGAUCAAACAGAGAAGAGCUUCCUGUCCUCGGUCAGAGAAGGGAACUAAAUUUCAGCUUACUGUUCUUCAGGUUUCAACCUCUGGAGACAACAUGGUGGAGUGUCAACUGGAGACACACAAUAAUAAGAUGGUCACCUUCAAGUUUGAUGUUGAUGGUGAUGCACCAGAGGAUAUUGUAGACUAUAUGGUUGAAGAUAACUUUGUCCUGGAAAGUGAAAAAGAAAAAUUUGUGGAAGAAUUGAGGGCUAUUGUAGGUCAAGCCCAGGAGAUCCUUCAUGUUCACUCUGCUACAGAAAGAGCUGUUGGAGUUGACUCUGUUACUGUGGAACCCAGCAGUAGCCAAACAGGAUCAUCUGAACAAAUACAGAUAAAUUCUGCCUCCAGUCAAACCAGCAAUGAAUCUGCUCCUCCUCAGUCAUCCCCAGUUGGUCGAUGGCGAUUUUGUAUAAAUCAGACAAUAAGAAACCGUGAGGCUCAAUCUUCUCCUUCUCUUCAGCAGUACAUGCCUACAGUUCCUGGGUUAAACCUACUUUCUAGUCCAAGAAACAUAAGUAAUAAGGAAAUAUCACAGGACACACUGCUUACUCUAGAAAGUAAUCCAUGCCAGCGUGUACUUUUCACCUCCACAUCACAACAUAAGGAUGUAGUUGAUGGUAAGAUUUCUGAAUAUGCCAGUGUAGAAACUAAGCAGCCAUCUAUACUUUAUCAAGUGGAAGAAGACAGGCAGAUAAUGGCACCAGUUGCUAGUAGUUCCAAUCAUACUGCUACUUCAGUUCGUGCAGUUCCACUUGAAUGUGAGGGACUCACCAAUGAAGCAGGCAUAUUUCUACCUGUGUAUCCAGGUCACCAAGCUGCCAGUCAGGCAGCUUCUGGCGAGUCAACUCAGAUUGCUGCUAGCUGUCUUACAACCCCAGCAUUUAUAUCUGAUCAAAAGCCUCAGUCCUUACUAGUGCAGCAGCCAACUAUGGAUGCAGAAUUUAUUUCCCAAGAAGGAGAAACUGCAGUGAACAUGGAAGCAAGUUCUCCUAAGAUGGUCGUUCCCACUCAGAAUCCCGGCCUUGAACCAACCAGCCUUCUAUCCUCUACUGUCCUGGAAUCAGAUGGGGAAAAACCUCCAAAAAUGGAAUUUGCAGACAACCGAAUUAAAACUCUGGAUGAAAAAUUAAGAAAUUUGCUCUAUCAGGAGCAUAACAUACCUAGCAUCUACCCUGAGAGUCAGAAGGAUACCCAAAGCAUAGACUCUCCAUUUUCUUCCUCUGCUGAAGAUGUACUCUCAUGUCCAGUGCCAGAAGUCAUAGGCACCAGUCACUGUGGAAUUCAAGAUAGUCCUGCACAGUCCCCUAAUUUUCGACAGACAGGCUCAAAGAUUCUGUCCAAUGUGGCUGUGAAUCAGCCUGCUAACAUAUCAGUGUUCAAAAGGGACCUGAAUGUGAUAACUUCUAUACCCAGCGAAUUAUGUUUACAUGAGAUGUCCCCAGAUGCUUCACUUCCAGGAGAUCCAGAGGCCUAUCCUGCUGCUGUGUCAAGCGGUGGAGCCAUUCAUCUGCAGACAGGAGUGGAAACAGAAGAUACGAGAUCAGCAGUUGUUCCUGACCCCAUUCAUCUGACAGGAGAGUCCACAACUGAUACUAGGUCUUUGAGUAAAUGUAAAGCAAUGAGUGGAUCAUUUCAGCGGGGUCGGUUUCAGGUGAUUACAGUUCCCCAGCAGGAGUCAGUGGAAGUGACAUCUUUUGGAAUAGAACACAUACCAGCAUUCAAUAAAAUGACAAGUCAGUCUACUGAAGAAGCUUUAGCCUUUACUGAAACAGCAAAGUCUCAAUUGAUAGAAAUGGAACCUGUCACACACAACCCACAAACUUCACUUUCUUCUCAGAAGUUACAAGCUCUUCACGAAACCUUCAAAGAUCCAAGAAUUUCCAAACAAACCGACAACUUUUCAUCUUUUAGUAUAGCUUGUGAGACUGAUAUAUCGUCGAUGACUACAGAAAAGGAAUUGGAAGAAAAUUUGGCCACAGGAAGUAGCAUGCAGUCUGGAUCUGAACUGCUUAAAGAGAGAGAAUUACUUACUGCUAGGAAACAGCCUAGCUCUAAUAGUGAAUUUUCAGCCACUCUUCCUGACAGAGGGAAAUCAGUGGCUAAGACUGGUCCAGAGAGAGAAAAGUGCUUACCACUCUGUGAAGAAAAAGCCUGUGUUCAAACACAGAGCUCACACUUCUAUUCACCAUCUUCCCCAAUGAGCAGUGAUGAUGAGUCAGAAAUAGAGGAUGAGGACUUAAAGGUGGAGCUUCAAAGAUUACGAGAAAAACAUAUUCAGGAGGUGGUAAAUCUUCAAACCCAGCAGAAUAAGGAGCUACAGGAGCUCUAUGAACGCCUUCGAGCAAUUAAAGAGAGCAAAGUCCAAUCAUCAGAAGCUCCUGUAUCACCUGCAUCACCACGUAGACCAAGAUCUUUAAAAAGCAAACUUCGAAGCCGUCCCCAGUCCUUGACACGUGUGGACAGUGGCACAGUUGCUACAGAUCCACUGUGUGUGGAAAGUAGUGCAGCAUCAUUCCAGCAAUCUUCAGUUAGUAAAAAAGGAAUGUUCACAGAUGAUUUACACAAAUUGGUGGAUGACUGGACAAAGGAAACAGUAGGAAAUUCGCUUAUUAAGCCAAGUUUAAACCAACUUAAACAGAGUCAACAGAAACUAGAAACAGACAACUGGAACAAAGCAUAUGAAAAUACUCCAUCUACUAUGGGCUACACACCAACAUGGAUUUCUUCUCUGUCCCAAAUCCGUGGAGCUGUCCCAACCUCCUUGCCACAAGGACUGUCACUUCCUUCAUUUCCUGGGCCAUUAUCAUCAUAUGGAAUACCCCAUGUUUGUCAGUAUAAUGCUGUGGUGGGGCCAGGGUAUCCAGUACAGUGGGUAGGAAUUUCAGGAGCACCACAACAGUCUCUAGUAAUUCCUAACCAACCUGGGGGACCGUUCCAACCAGGGAUGAAUUUGCAGGCAUUUCCAGCUUCAGCAGUGCAGAAUCCGUCCACAAUCCCUCCUGGUCCCAAGUAAAUCAGAGUAGAUAAUGAAGAAAAGGGAGUUUUUUUCAGAAUUAUUUUCAGGAUACCUAAGGUAUUAAACUUUCUUCUUCUUGGGUUCUGCCAUAUUUUCCUUCAUUUUGAGUUUACUUUCCACUAUUAUUUUUUGUUCCAAUGUAGUAUUUGAUAUAGCUCAUCACCUGUAGAACUGUGCAGUUUGUAUAUAGAACACUGCACAUAGAAAUGUUUUUUCACUUCAAAUCCUAUCCUCUUUGAUACUUGAUUUUUUAAAAAAUACCGUUCAGAAUGCUUUAAUACGCUCAGCUUGAGCAUUAUCAUUUCCAGGACACUUUCCAUGCAUUGCUGAGAAGCCCUCAUUUUUUAAAAUUGCAGUUCUCUGCAGCUAGAUGAUACUUUUCUUUAAAAGGUAUAAGAACUAUUUAAAUUUAUAUUCCCCAAACAUAGACAAAGUGAGACUCUCCAGCAGGGUCUUAUGAGAUUCUUCAUGUUGUUUAUCUUAGGUUUACCUUUCAGAGAAGGCAGGGUAACUUGCUGCAGGAAAUGUUUUGGUGUAUAAAAUUAGAAUAACUUUGUCAACCAAUAUAGAACAUGAGCCCUUUUUAAUGUGAUUUUCUUCCCGUCAUCACAGCAGUAGGAGUGAAGCCUUGUUUUAGGUGAGGCGGAGAAGAAGGAAAAAACAGAACUGUAACAGUUCCUUGAUUCUGCAGAUAAUGUAGCUGCUUUAGGAUUUCCAUAGUAAUUCAAAGCAGCUAUCUCUUUGUUUCUCAUGUGCACAGUACAUUAUAUUUGAGCAUGAGAGGCAUUGGUUUGGCUUGCAUUCUUUUGCAAGGGAUAUACUGCAGCUGAUAUGAAUCUCAUUUGGGGGGAAUCUUUGUAUUCCUAACAAAGACGAUUCAAGUUACACCUCUAUUAAUCCAUUCUUCUGAAGAGAAAUUUACUUGAUACAGUAGGUUUUGAGACUUACACAUGAAACACUGGCUUUACAGGGUUCUAAGAGAUGAGGGGUAUACACUGUCCUGCAGUAGAUAGUAGACCCUCGAAGGAUACUAUUUAAGUUGCCCUUAGCCUUUUUUUUGGGGGGGGAUUACCUUUUUUUUAGUUGUUAUAGUUUUCUUGUUAGUAUCUGUAGCAUCUUAGAUGAUUUUAGAUCUUAGAUGAUUUUGGCAGCCUCUUUAGAAUCUGAGAGAGAUCACUGUCAAGUUGCACUUUACUGGGUUUUAUCCAGUUUUAGGAGGAGAGGAGGCAAUGUCAGAAUAUACGUUUUUGGUUUUCAAGAAAGUUAACUAAUAUUCUUAAAAGUCUGGUCACAAAGUUACCUAAUGCUUGAUCAAUCUGUGAAACCCAAAUAUUGAAUUCUAAAACAGUAUUUAUCAACUACCACAUAUAAACAUGUUUAAAAUACUUUUCACUCUGAAGAUUUCAAAGUCAUUUCUAGGACACACUUACCUAAUAAUGAGUUCUAUUGGUCAACAUUCCAAAUGAUCACCCAACAUUUCUGUUGACAGAUUUUCCUCCAUAUUCCUCUAAAAAUUUUACCCCAUGAUCUUGCCAGGUAAUGAGGAAAACUUAAUGGGUGUACUUUUUUUUUUUGCACACUCUACUUUGUGACAUUCAACACCCUUUUUCAAAAAAAAAGUGUCUUCUGUUGCUUACCUGAGGAUCACAUUCAGCAUCAUGAAGAUUCUGUCACUAUCAUUUUGGGGCAUCCAGGACAGCAUUUUGAGAACUGCUGUUGAUAAGAGUCACAGCUUCUUUUUAUAAAACAUACUCUGGUUUGGAUGAGUCUUUCUAAAUCUUAUGUACAGAUUCUUCAAAUUUCUUCUACAGUAUUAUUUGCAAGUUGAAAUGGUUUUAGGACAUUAGUGUAAUGCAAAUUCUCGCAUUGCAGUUUUCCAUGUGUACAAAAAACAAUGUGCCUAAAAUCUGUAAUUCUUUCAAACUGCUUGUGUUUCAUUAGUAGAGUCAGCUUUGUGUGAUUACAUUGAGACUUACAAUUUAUAAGCUGAAAAUACUGCAGGUUUUAUGAUCCUUUUUGGAGUUACAAUCCUUUUAAAUAGUGUACCCCAGGAUGAAAAAAGCUCCAUGGAUGACAUUUAUUAAUGGCUGCUCUAUAUCAUAUGUCCCACAUUUUGC